GAAGUCGUGUGAUUCUCAAACUAUGGCUGAAGGUACAGAAGCGUCUGUUGAGUUUGGACUGGUACAUCGUGCUCUGGUGUUUCUGCGUAUUCAUGCUUUUUUCUCCAGUUUUGUCAAAUUCCUGGAUGCAACCCUGAGGUCAUGGGGGAUCAGUCACUGGCUGCCAUCAUGGUGCCCAACAUCUCAGAGCAAACUGGAAGAGGCAGAGGAGAGGAUGCUGCAGUCCAUCCAAAGCAAGUUCUCCAAGAUGUUUGUCCAUAUCUCCAAUGACAAGAAGCUGUGGACGCUGGUGUUCAGUGACAGUGCAGAGCAGAAGACUCCUCUGGUGCUGCUGCAUGGUUUUGGUGGUGGAGUGGGGCUCUGGGCUAUGAACCUGGAUGCUCUCUCCCAGCAGAGACCCGUGUAUGCUCUUGACCUGCUCGGAUUUGGUCAGAGUAGCAGGCCUCAUUUCAGCAACGAUGCCCAGGAAGCCGAAACUCAGUUUGUGGAGUCCAUCGAGGAGUGGAGGGAAAAACUAGGCCUGGAGAGUGUAAUCCUGCUUGGCCACAACUUGGGCGGAUACCUGGCAGCAGCCUACUCUCUUAAAUACCCUUCCAGAGUAAAACAUCUGAUCCUGGUGGAGCCGUGGGGUUUUCUGGGGUGUCCAGAGGUCGGUGAACAGGACAGACCCUUUCCUGUGUGGAUUAAAGCCCUCGAGGUCGUCCUGAGACCCUUCAACCCACUGGCUGGCCUUCGGCUUGUCGGACCGCUCGGUCCAGGUCUAGUGCAGAUUGUGCGGCCUGACUUUAAAAAGAAAUAUGCUGCCAUGUUUAAUGACAACACAGUCACAGAGUACAUCUACCACCUUAAUGUCCAAAGCCCAAGUGGGGAAACAGCUUUCAAAAACAUGACCAUUUCAUACGGCUGGGCCAAGCGGCCCAUGCUGCAGCGCGUUGGCCUGAUUCACAGUGACAUUCCCAUUACUGUGAUCUAUGGGUCACGCUCCAGUAUAGAUGGCCACUCCGGCAAUUCAAUCAAAGAAAUGAGGCCAAAUUCCCACGUGGAGCUAAUAGCUAUACGAGGAGCAGGACACUAUGUAUUUGCUGACCAACCUGAAGACUUCAACCACAGGGUACUCCAUGUGUGUGACUCAAUGAGCUGAAGGGUGAUGAGGAAUGACUGUCUUUAUUUUUUUAUUUAUUUUUUUUUAUGUUGAACUCAUUACAUUCCUUAUUAACACAGACAAAAUAGCAGGCCAGAGUGCCUCUGUAAAUCUGUAUGUAUUUGCAUGCUGCAGUACAGCAUGUGUCACUACAUCGUGUCCUUUACCAGACACACGUUUUGCACGCUGCAGGUUUGCUGAUCACUGAUCACUGGAAUUAUAAUAACUAUUGUCAUGACUGUUCUCAUUCAGGGAUUGAUGUUGAGUAUGGUUUCAGUUUACAUGAGUGUACCUGCUCACAAUAACCAUUCUCUGGGUUAUGAACUGUUGCAUGCAGUAAGUGUAGAGUUUCAGUAAUAUGAAAGGCAUAAAUAGCAUUUAAAAUGUAGUUAUUAAUUUGCAUUAAUGGAGGUUGUGGGGAAAGUUAAAUACAAUUGAAUAUAUUUCACUGAUACACAAACUGAUAAAUUUAGCAGCUGUCAUUAAACAACAACCACUAAGUGUCCGGUCCUGUCCACGUUUAGCAAAUUUAUACUAAAUGUUCUACAUUCAGAGUUCACCUUACACUGGGAUUUAUUCCGGACAGGACGGGACACUUAGCGGUUGUUGUUGAAUGACAUCUGCUAAAUUUAGCAAAUUUAUGCUAAAUGUUCUCAUUUUUAGGACAUGGCCCUUUCUUUCUACCUCAUGACUAAGAAAACCUCUGCAACUAGGAAACAGGAGCAGUGUUCACUUUACACUUGGAUGUUUUGUGCAAUCUAUAAGCUGUGUUUUAUUUUUAAUUUUACUCUUCACAAAAGAGGUAGAGAGGUUUGCAAUGCAGUGAUUGUGUCAUUCAUAUAUAUAUAUAUAUAUAU